AUGAGCUCGCCCGCGGUUCAGAUCACUCCUCAGCCGCAGCCCGACGGCGGCGUGCCCCAUCCGUCCGGGACGUCUCCACCAAUCCUUGACAUCGUCCGCUGCUCGCGCUGCCAGCAGUCUCUCAGCCUGGCCAGCCAGUCGAACUCGGGCGCUGUGCAGUUCGGGAUGAACUCCUACUACUGUAACCGCUGCGCCUCCAAGGUUGGGUUCGUGCAAUGA